AUGUUUGGGCAGCUGGAAACCAUCAAAGAACUUGUUUCUCGGGGGUCAAAUAUCAACGCUAAGGACUGCGACGGAUGGACCCCCUUGCACUUCGCAAUCCAUCUCGAGAAGAAAGACACUGUUGAGCUCCUUCUGGAGCUCGGCGCGGCCCAUAUGGAGACGAAGAAAGGAGAAACGCCGCUCGAUUUUGCUUUGUCAAAGGAAGAAUUUUAUACCAAACGAGUUCAAAGGUCCAUCCAACAAAACCUGAAGACUGGCGCAGAAAUUCACUGUGACAAGCAAUGGCUGGCCUCUCUCUCUCGGACCAUGGAAAAGGCCAUCAUUGACGGCGAUACUAAAAUUUCUCUCAUUUUCGCUCUGUCACGUAAUGAGGUGUCUGCGAACAUCGUCGACACUCUGGUGGAACACGGAGCAAGUUUCCGUGGAACUACCUGUGCCCGCCAUACGUGCGGAAAUUUCAAGCGACACGGAAUCCGCCAUUUCAGCGACUACACUUCAGACAACUCCUCAUCUUCCUCAUCCUCCUCAUCAUCUGAUAGUGAUGAUAACACAAAGUACCGGCAGUAUGCCUGGCCAUCGUUUGGAUCUACCAGUCUUGACAUGCUCAUGUGGGAGGAUGAUUUGUUCGAGAAAAUUUCAACAUGGCUAUGCUCCGUUCCGGAAGAGGACAUGAUAUGGCUCAUUGAAAAUUCCAUAGCCGUCCAUGUAGCUGUGGAUCGCGGCAGCCUCAAGGCUCUACAGGUUCUCUUAUCUCACGCUGCUAAGAUCGGUGAUGGUCUUCACAGAAACUUGGCUUAUGAGCUUGUGAACAGGACUGGAUGGCAUUCUGGGCCCUACGUAGCCUCGCCUCUUCAGGACGCAGUCGAUGCUUGCAACCUGGAGCUUGUCCGCCUUCUUCUCGAAUAUGGAGCAGAAGUUGACAAGAAAACCAUAGCGAAGGGAACUGCCCUUCAUCAAGCCGCGAAUCAGGAAAGCAUCGAGCUUGCACAACUUCUUUUGGAGCACGGGGCCUCGCUUGCAUCCAGAGAUUAUAACCGUGGAUUCACCCCUCUGGAAGAAGCAGUUCAGUCUGGCAACACCGAAAUGGUGAACCUCUUUUUGGAUCGUGGGGCAUCUGUCAGAUAUCCUCAGUAUGCUGACACAUGUCUGGUUUGUGAUUCGACGGAAACUGCGGUUCUGAUGCUAAAAUCAGGCAUCCCUCUUCAAACGAUAGGAAGGUAUGGCGUACCCCUCUGGGCACCGGCGUGUCUGAAAAUCCGGCUUGCGACCUUUAUUUUCAACUCCGAUUAUGGCCAUGCGAUAGCAUCCGAGGUGAAUGCACCAAAGCUUUGGCAGAUUCUAUCCUACGCCUACUACGUUGGAGAGAGGGGUCGUGUCCGGCGAUUUCUUCGUCUGCUGUGUCGGCGAAGUGGACACGGAUCCAUACAAGACAUGACUGAGUCCGAUGGAAAAGAAAACGAAAGAUCAUAUGGCGUGUUGUGCCUCUUUGCUGAUCUCGGACUCGUUGAAGAGGCCAAGUUGCUGCUGGACUUGGGUUGCAACAUUGAGUUCGAGGGAGCUUCGACUGGCACUGCGCUAAUGGCAGCAGCUCAUGGGGGUCGGCUAGACGUAGUCAAAAUGCUCGUCUAUGCAGGAGCACGGAUAUGGUACGAGAAGGAUGGAUUAGGCAGGAGUGCAAUAGUUGCAGCUAAGGAUUUCCCAGAAAUCGUACGACACCGACAGCAGACAAAGAUCAACCGUGACAAGACCGUAGUCAUCAAGAUGGGCAGCAUAUUCUCGAAGACUGCGCCCAAAGCACCGGCAACAGUGGCUACAGACACGAUCAUCCCCUUGAACCCCAAUGAUGACACUGCCCUGAACAGAGGCAUUGUCAUGGGCUUCAUGAUGCGCUUUGAUAACGUCUUGAAUCCAGAAAGGCUGCACUCGUCACUUACGAAGUUGCUAGGCCGUGAAGGAUGGCGAAAGCUUGGUGCUAGACUAAGACUGAACUCUCAGAAAAAGCUUGAGUACCAUGUGCCUGAGCUAUACAACUCCGAAAGACCAGCUAUUGCGUACUCGCACCAGACGUACGACUGCAGCAUCAAAUAUGAUCCGCUCGCUUCGCGGCUACCGAAAGCAACUUCAAGGCCAGCAGUCAUAGGAACUCCACCAGAAAAGUUCCAGGAUUUAAUGCGAAGAUCAGAUGGCCCCAAGUCGAUGCAAGACUAUAUCUAUCGCGAUGAACCUCAGCUGAGUCUGCACAUCGUCUCCUUCGAUGACGCGACGCUUGUCAGUUUGACAUGGCUGCACACGUUAUGGGAUGGGAUCGGAAGGCAGGAACUUCUGACUGCGUGGACUGCCAUUCUCGAGGGUCGCGACGACGAUGUCAAAGUCUUCCACGGGUUUGACACAGAUCCCCUGGCAGAGCUGGGAAAGGACACUGCAGAGCCAUUCGUUCUGGCUGAUCAGCGUCUUUCAGUCUGGGGACUGGCCCGAAUCGUCCUGCAGUAUAUUUGGGACAUCCUCCGUCAUCCUUUUGAAGAAUCUCGCAUUGCUUGUAUACCGGCAGCUUACAUCGAAACACUCAAGAAAAAGGUCAACCAAGAGUUGAGUGAACAGAGCACCGGCCAAGAAAAGUUAUUCGCCAGCGAGGGAGACAUCGUGACCGCCGUUAUCGGCCGCCUAUGGUCGCAACAUUUGCCGGCGAAUACCAACAAACCGAUUGUCCUCGGAAACGUCAUCAAUAUACGUCCUGCGCUUGCUCAGGACAUUCUUCCAGAAAAGACCGCAUUUAUAUCAAACGCCACAUCCCUGAUCCUAACCACCAUCACCGCGGAGGACCUCUGGACAAGGCCGCUGAGCUACACGGCUGCCGCGAUACGACGAUCCAUCCGAGAGCAAGGGACUAGAGCGCAAAUUGAAGCUCGCAAAGCCCUAGAAAAGAAACAUUCUGCAGCUUUCUUUGGAGACAAGAACAUGCAUCAGAUUUUACUGUCAAACUGGGGCAAAGCCAGAUUCUUCGAAACAGACUUUUCUUCCGCCGUCGUCGAGCCUCACUUAGUCUCUGUUGCUCAACCGCACAAACUUGGGCGCCCCUCGCUGAUUCUCAAUGCGAACUAUGUCAGUGGCUUCCCACUUAGAUUUGCGGGUCCGAUAAUUGGCAAGGACCUAGAUGGCAAUAUUUGGUGGGGUGGCAUGUUGCGGACUGGUCUUUGGGAUAGAAUUGCGCAAACCUUGGAAGAUCAGGGUUGGUAUUUGGUAACUAAGUAG